AUGUCACAGACGUCGACGUCGACAUGGGAACGAACCAAGGGCUACUCCAAGCGCGGCUUCGACAAGGCAUGGCACCAGCUUGACAGGAUUGGACGGCCGGUCAACCGUCUAUCCAACAAGCUUGGCGCAGAAGCCUUUUGGCCGACGACGCUCGACUUGGAGAGCGAGAAGGCCGCGCGCAUUCUCCGGAGCUUCUGUACGGAUGGCUUCUACAGCCAGCCCGAGUCGGACAAUGGCGGCGGCGGCAGCGGCAGCAAUACCAGCCUGCAGACCCAGCAGACCCAGCAGACGAAGCCGGCGGAAACUCGCGCAUCGCCCCAGAGAAGCCGGUUCUCAUGGAGAUUCAGCUUGCAGCCUUUGCAGCCUCAAUCGCCGAAGUUACCGCAACAGCAGCAGCAGCAACAGCAACCUCCGCCGACGCCGCCUCCACAGCCGGAAGAGCAUGGCCCUCGUGGCAAGCAGCAACGGGCGAUAAAGAAGAUACCUGCUUCUGUUAUCAGGCAGGCCAAGGGACUGGCCAUAUUUACCACCAUGCGAACAGGCCUCUGGGUCAGCGGCGCAGGUGGCAGUGGAGUUCUGGUUGCUCGCCUAGCAGAGACGGGAGAAUGGAGUCCACCGUCUGGAAUCAUGCUGCAUACCGCGGGCCUAGGUUUCCUCGUGGGCGUUGACAUCUACGACUGCGUGGUGGUGAUAAACACCUACGAAGCUCUCGAAGCCUUCAAGUCGAUAAGGUGCACCCUCGGCGGCUCUCUAAGCGCCGUGGCCGGACCAGUCGGCGUGGGAGGCGUCCUAGACUCGGAAGUCCACAAACGACAGGCUCCCAUAUGGUCAUACCUCAAGAGCAGAGGUCUCUACGCCGGCGUCCAGGUCGACGGAACCAUCGUCAUCGAGCGGUCGGAUGAAAACGAGCGCUUUUACGGCGAGAAAAUCAGCGCAGCAGAUAUACUCUCAGGCAAAGCCAAGGACCCUCCUUCAUCUAUCUCAACCUUGAUCCAGACCAUCAAGGCGGCCCAGGGCGACCAGGAUAUCGAUGAAGAUAUGCUCCCUCCAUCCGGUGAAGCUCCCGGUGAUGCCGAGAUCUCGCUAGCUGGAACCUUCGGGGUCCCAGAGGAAGACGAUCCAGAUCCCUAUGGUGUCAAGGCCCUGGAACGAGAAGGGGUCAUGAUCCGUGAAGCUGGCACCAAGCGCACUCCCACGCUCGACGUGUUUGACUUUCGGCCCAGUCCCACCAGCCCCAUCAGCCCAAGAUGGAGCAACAGGAGCAGUUGGCGCUCUAGCACUCAGAGCGCAAUGAGCACAGAUAAGGGCACACAGACCAAUCUCCACGAGCUCAACCGGGGCCGGAGCCCAUCAACGGCCAGCCGCACCUCGUCCCGCUCCCACAGCAUAAAGGAUCUUUCCUCAUCCAUACACGAACAUACCUCGGACACGGAGCAUUCGUCCACGGGCGAACCUGACCCGGCGUCGAUACCCAUCCCUGCAUCAACAACCACUUCCCGAGCACAGUCGAUAUCCUCCAAAGUACCAGAGGCCAUCCCAGAGUCCCUCCCUGAAUCUCUUCCCGAAACCGAGAUUGCUGUUGCAGUAGCCGAGCAAGCUAUCCCGCAACGGAUCAACUCCAAGAGCUCCCCUUUCGCUCGAGCCAAGCUAGUCACCAUCCCAAAACGAAACCCUCCCGCUCUACCAGCCCGUAACCCGAGUCGAGCACCAUCUACCGUUGCCACUCUUUCCGAAGCUCGAGAAUCUGGCCUCUUGGCACUUAGUCUUGACUCGGACGCUGGCACGCCUCAGCUGCUGGCCAGAGAAUACUCCAACGAGUCCGAUGCAUCCGAGGGAGUCACUAAGCGUCGUGGAUCCAGCAUUUCCUUGCAUUCACAUAACAUAUCCAGGCGCACAUCCACCUCUCCCAAGUCGACAUCUCCUUUAUCAAAGUCCGUCUUCCUCGCAUCUGAGCCGGACCCCUUGCCCGAGGCAGACCUAACUGUCUCGGAACCAGUUUCUCCUACCAAUGCUGGACCAGAAACAAAAGAGGAACCCAAGGAAGAGGAACCCAAGAAGAAAGAAUCCGACGAGACUGUUGUUGAGGCACCUCCCCUCACCACCGGCGCAUUCCCUUCAGACGAAAAGAUCUAG